AGAGCCCCCCUCGCCAACCGUCGUCUCCGGGACCGGCAUCUUCCACACGCCGCCGCCGUCGCAAACCGGAGAGCGAGACCGACUGCGCGCGCAGCACCACCGCCGCCGCGAUUUUCGAUUGCUGUUGGACAAUCAGAUGAGCAAGAUGGUGGCGAUCAGGGUUCCCAGGAACAUGCGAGCCAAGCGCGAACUCCUCAAGCACGCGCCCAAGCUUGUUGAGAAUGGCAAGAAGAUGCUUAUUCUACAUGGUACAAAGACUAGCACAGUUUUGAACGAUGUGCUCGCAGAUCUUUUUCACCUGAAGCGUGAUCAUGCUGUGAAGUACACCAAGAAGAACGACAACAUCAGGCCAUUUGAGAGCGGGGGUGAAACUUCCCUGGAGUUCUUCUCCCUUAAAUCUGACUGCAGCCUCUUAGUGUAUGGUUCUCAUUCAAAGAAGAGGCCCAACAAUCUUGUUUUGGGAAGGACUUACGAUCACCACAUAUACGACCUUGUUGAAGUAGGAGUUGAGAACUACAAAUCCAUAGAAUCCUAUGCAUAUGAUAAAAAGUUGGCGCCUAAACUUGGGACCAGGCCUUUCUUUGCCUUCAUUGGGGAGCACUUUGAGAGUGUCGAUGAGCUGAAGCAUUUGAAGGAAAUGCUCCUUGAUCAUUUCAAAGGAGAGGUGGUAGAGAACCUGAACCUCGCUGGUGUAGAUCGGAUAUUCGUGUGCACAGCAAUUUCCCCUACUACUGUCUACAUGAUGCACUGUGCUCUCCGUCUAAAAAGGUCAGGCACAUCUAUUCCUAGGAUGGAGCUGGUUGAAGUCGGUCCUUCAAUGGACCUGGUAGUUAGGCGGCACCAACGUCCAUCUGAAAGUUUACAGAAGGAAGCUAUGAAGGCUCCUGGUCAUGCUAAGAAGGUGAAAAAUGUGACGAAUAAUCCAAUUGAUGGCAAGGAGGGCAGGAUCUACAUUCCAGACCAGGAGGUUUCGAAAUUGACCUUAACAAGCGACAUAAAGGGCCUGAAGCGGGAGCGCCGUGAAGCCAAGAAAAACAAGGAGAAUUCGAAGAAGCAAAAGGUCAACCCCGAGUGAAUAACGCAGAAGGCUAUUCAUUCUUGGUAACUGGUCAUUUUUAAGGAUUUUUGGUGCACCUGACGAUCGCAGCGGCUGUGUUAAGCCAACUGGAGACCAACUUGUUAGGUUGAGCUGUAAAUAGUGUGGUACCGUCUUUUUAGGCCGUAAAACCUGUCUACGGACUUCUGCAUCUGUGUUGAGGCAGCUUAUCUAUCAGACAUUAUUAGUGCGAAAUUUUUGGAGCAACGUGUGUUACGAGUAUUUUGUUUUAGUAUUGUUGUUAGUCCUUGAUAUUAGCUGAUCUGAGAUGAUUGUUGAAAUGACAUGGUUUAAGUCUGGUUACCAUGGCCAUUUUCUUUUCUGAA